UCUAUGCUAUUUAUAUAUAUAAAUAUAUAGCCUGGAGGAAAGUGUGCCUGAGCCUGAGCUAAGUUCAGAUAACAGGAAUGACAUGCUUGUCCAUCUGAUAUUCCGGUGCACCUCUGGUGCAUUUGCACGUGUAUAGUGAUUUCAAAAUGAUUUUUUCAUCCAUCCAUAAUGUGUAAGUUAAACAAAAGCAGUCAUUCACAUGUGAAACAUUUGAAACAGAGCCGACCACAUGAUCAUCCGUGUCAGAAUUAAUGCACCGAAUGCAUCUUCACCGUGCUCAAUGGAGCUGCAAACACUAUAAAUGCUUCGCAGAGCAGCACUUGCCUUCAUCACCAACAAGGACCAAGAGGGAUCCCAAAUUGGCUGAAGAACGGGGAGGCAUUAUUUAAUUCAUCUGCAGGGACACAUUUGCACAAACAACCAUGAAGAGCACAUAUUAUAUGAUUGGGAUACUUCUAAUGAUCUUACACAACACCUAUCAAAGUCCUGUGCCAGAAACAGAUGCCAGCUCCAGAUCAGUCAAAGCUGCAAGGAAUGAAGCGGUAGAUGAUUCACAACAGCUCAAAGAAGUUAAACGUCACUCACAAGGCACAUUUACUAGUGAUUACAGCAAGUACCUAGACUCCAGGCGGGCUCAAGACUUUAUCCAGUGGUUAAUGAACACAAAACGAAGUGGAGGACUAUCAAGACGCAAUGCUGACUAUGAGAGGCAUGCAGAAGGUACAUUCACCAGUGAUGUGACUCAGCACUUGGAUGAAAAAGCAGCCAAAGAAUUCAUUGACUGGCUAAUAAAUGGAGGACCAUCAAAAGAAAUCAUUUCAAGGCGCAAUGCGGACGUUGAGAGGCAUGCCGAAGGUACAUACACUAAUGAUGUAACUGAAUAUCUGGAGGAGAAAGCAGCCAAAGAAUUUAUUGAGUGGUUGAUAAAUGGGAAACCAAAGAAAAUAAGAUAUUCCAGACACGCAGAAGGAACAUUCACUAAUGACAUGACCAACUACCUGGAAGAGAAGGCAGCCAAAGAAUUUGUGGGCUGGCUAAUAAAAGGAAGACCAAAAAGAAAGGACCUUCUUGAGGAACAAUAGACUGAAAGCCAAAACAGACCCCCCAUAUAGGAUAUGUGUUCAACAAGAAAUCACCCGGCUGUCACUUGGAAAUGUUGAAUUUGUGUUCUGUAGAAUUCCAGCAGGUAUAUGGAGCCAUAAAGCCCAGCUUUGCAUGCAAAGUACAUGAAAUUGGCGAGCGUAUCUUCUUCCGUAGGAGAAUACAAAAACAGCAGUUAUCUACCAAUACCCAAUUAACAUGGCAGAUUACACGGUUUCGGUAACGGCCGGAUUCGCGUUGUUGAACAAUGCAUCAUGAGUCUUACCUGAGCGCGUAGGGCUUCUAAAAUCCAAAAGUGCCAAAUCUGUGCCCAAAUAUUUGAAGUGAGAUAAAGAACUAUAGGCUAAAAUGAAGUAGGACUUGUUUGAAUUAAAAUAACUUAUUUUUCUAUGAAGUCGAAUUGUACAUAGAAUUUACUUCAAUCAGCAAAGCCAGAAAGAAAAAAAAAGCAAAAAAAAAAAAUAACAUAUUACCCAUAUUUCAAAGAUUUAUUACAGAAAAUGCAAAGCUUUCAGAAUAUUAACCUGUAGCCUUAAAUAAAGUUUUUCAAGCUUCA